AAGCCGUAUCGUUCCAUCCGCCUCGACUCCUCUCACUUCCCGUACAAGGCCUGCUUUUGGACGUACCAGAGGGCUUUUUGCAAGCACAAACCAAGUCAAGCGACUGGGCUAUACUAGGCGACAGCAUCGCCUCAUAGAAAAGGAAAAGGAAAUCAAGGAUAGUCUAUCCAUCUGUCUUUUCGGCUAUAGCGUACAAGCAAAGGAUAAUAAGGCUCCCGUUCGAGAAUCAGGCUUUAGCGACUUGGAUAACGACGGACAAGCAGACGGAAUCGUGAACAUGUACGACAUGGCAUAUGAAGAAGAGCUGCGGCAGCAGACUGUCAUGGCGGAAGUAUUGCCGGAUGCAGAGAUGUGGAGCAAGUGGGAACAGACGGAGGCACCCCUACGACAAGGACGAGGCUGGUACCCUCGACUGGACCGCCAUUUCCUCGAGCUUCUCGUCAUCUCUGAAAUCCACGCUCUCUCACAUCCGCUCAACUCUUCCUCGUCCCCACCAGGCUACGCCGAGCGGGUCCACCGCCAUGCGAGCCGCGUGCGCCGAGUUGCGUGUGAAAGGAUUGGCGGAGAAAGGUUGGGUGCGUACUGCGAGAGGGUAAAGGAAGCUUUUGAAGCGUAUAUGAUGGGUGGCUGGGCCCGGGCGCAGGCUCAGGCUCAAGCCCAGGUGCAGCAGAUGCAAAUGCGAGAGGAUGAGAUGGAGGAUGGACAUCACGAGGACGCGCCAGGGGAAGAGGACGACGAGCAUAGAGGGAGAAAGCUGGAGAGGGUUGGAAGCGUUCACAGAGAACCAUCCCCAACUGAAAGACCCCCAGUAUACCAAUAUCACACUCCAGACAGCGCUAUGAACGACGAAGAGGAAGAUCAAAGUCAUCUGCUUGAGAUCGACUUUAAGGAUGUUCAGCUCGACGAAGUGUCUGAAGCGGGAUCUGACGAUGAUGAUUCCUCCAUCAGAGCCACGGUGGGGACGUCAGGGUCCUGGAGUAAGAGCAGUCAAAUGGACGUCGACAAUGCUUCUUCCUAUACCAUAUUGCCCAGGCCAGAUCACGCCCAGGUCCAUGCCGCAAUACGCGAGAGAGCCCAGGCCGUCGUCGAAACAAACUGACUCGAACAACUUCUUUAGGGAAUGUAGCUAACAGCGGGGGCCUGGUAGAUUGUGUUUAUG